AUGGAGAAGCCAACAAUUGUAAAUCAUUCCUCGCUAAAAAUAAUUUAUGCUAUAUAAAUAUUCUUUCAUUGUCAAAAUUGUUAGUUGGUUUGGUCAUUAUGAUAUAAUCGUUAGAGUAUUAUAAUUAAACUGUCUCAUCGACUAAAGGAUUGACAAAAAUUUGACAAUAAAAGAAUGUUUGCACGACACAAGUCUUUUCUAAUAGAAAAUUAGCUACUGAAUUCUCCACGUAUAACAAUUAUCAUACAUCUAAAAUUUGCAGGUAUAUAAGAAUGACCUGUUUUAAGUAUAUAAAUUAAAAUAUAAAAUAUAAAAUCCUCGUGAAUUAAAAUAUCAUUUUAUUGCUCUUGUAAUAUUAUUAGAUGAAUGAUAGGAUAAUAAAAACGUAUUUACGGUGCAUAUUGUUAAAAACAGUUAUGAAAAUUUGCAGCAUUAUGUUAUAAAUUUACGAACCUCGACACUGUGGUCAUCCGAGUUUUUCGAAUUAAUUGAUGUUUCUCUACUAGCCAUUCUAUCAGUCAUUUAUUAAUAAAAUUAAUCAGGCGUUAUUGAUCGUUACAUGUAUGGUCAGCUCUGAAAGUCAGUUAGACACAUCUCCGACAUUUCAUCUUGUAUUCGUUCAACUGUAUAACCGAUUUAAUGAAACGUUAUUCCUGCGAAUUGUGUUCAUUAUUAAUCAUUGUUAGUUAUUAAUUCGUCAAACAUACACAAACUGCUUUCCAAGUACUCUUAAAAAUUUGUCGAGAAUAAUUCGAUAUUGUUAUGAAUCGUGAUUCGCCAUGAAGUAAAGUAAUCUAUGGCAUGCAGUGCUGGAAACAUUUAAUCCCGUUAAUUCCAUUUAUUUUUGAAUUAUUCGAUAUUUUAUUAAAUGUUUUUUUAUAAUACAAUUUCGUAAAAUAGCUAUUAAAGACAAAAUAUAAAGACGCAGAGAAUUGCAUACUACUGUAUGGUUCUUUUUUUGAGGAUAAAUCGUAGUUUCUCUGUUAAAAUUUCAAUAAAUUUUUAAGACUAACAAUAAGAACAACAAAAGUAAAUUAUUUGUGAAAAAUAAAGAUUAUUCUCACUGUGCCUUUUUACCAUUUUUAAGAAAAAGUAGCUAAAAUAUAAAAAAUGUCUUGCUUUAAUUAAAGUAUUUUAAAUGUUUGAUUUAUUUUUUGAUGAUUGAAAAAUAUUUCACAAAUUAUUUGUUUCGAAAUGAUAAAAACUAUAAUAGCUCAAGAUUGUUCGCGAGAUCUUUUUUUUUAGAUUUUAAAAUCUCUAUUUUUUCCAACUGAACUAUGUAUAUUUUGUUAUAUUUUAUUUUAUUUCCUAUGAAAACAUAUUAAGGUACUCGGAAAACAUUCGAUUUAAAAAAUAGGUCUUGCAAAAUUUAAUAUAUGAAAAACAAGAAAAGGCUGAAAAACAGUCAUAUUUAUUUAUGUUAGCCUUCUAUAUAUCGUACAAUAAGUUCCACAAAAUUAAAAUUAGUAUCUUUCAAAUUAAUUACAUUUUGAUACAACUACUUUUAUAAUACUCUUUUUAUGGAGAAUGAAAAGACACUUCGAUUAUUAUAUAGGAAAAAAAUCUCCGAAAAUCUUCCAUUUACCAAGAAACGAUUACUGUCACGUUAUAAUUUCUGUUACAACAUAUAAUAUUUUGAAAAUAAAAUUUUUUCAUAUCUACACAUAUGAUCAUUGCCUCAUCUAUGAUAAUAUGCUUGUUAAAAAAGAAAACUCUUUUAACGCCAUCUAUCUUGACUAGAAUAUUUUCUAAAUGUAAAAUUACAGAUGAGGUAUAUGAAUAGAUCGCCACAGUCGAGUCAUAUACCUCGUUUGUGGUAAAAUGUAAAGUGGGAUUUCGUCUAGGAUAACAAGUACACAUCGAUGUAUAAUUAGUGGCAAAUUUUAGUUUAAAUAUUUGUAAUGUUUCACGAAAUAUAAUUUGUAUAUUAAUACAUAAAAAUUAAAAACGUAUAAGAAUUUAAACAAUAUCGUUUUUACUUGGGAGAUUUGUGCAUAUAAAUAUCGCAUAUAUAUAUAUAUAUAUUUAAUUUGUGUGCAAUUUUUUAGCGAUGUUAAAGUUAAUAAAACAAUAAUUAUUCAACAAGUUCGUUGAAAAAAUAAUUGAAAAUAAAAAUGUAAGAAUAAUAAUUUGAAUAAUAAUCGGUUUUAAGUUUGUUUUAAACUUAUUUCAAAUAGUAUCAAAGAUUAUUUCAUUUUUUCGUGCACGAAUUUUUAUUUUCGUAUGUGAAAAAUUAAUUAAAGUCUACUUCUUGUUUAUUUGAUAUAAAAUUUUUCAAAUUUAAUGUUUAAUAUAAUUGCAGAUUCGGCAUUUGUAUAACAAAUAUUGAGAAUUAUAGUUGAGUUUAAGAUUUAUGCAAUGGCUGGAUUUACAUUGUCAAAAGUAAAAUUACAGACAGAUGUAUACAUGGUAUGCUUGCAGCAUGCCUUGUCGACAGAAAAAUUUGAAGUAAUGGGUCUACUAAUUGGGGAUGCGGUAUGCAAUGUAGCAAACAUCGUAUCGGUCAUUAUUUUGAGACGUUUGGACAAAAAGAAAGACAGAGUAGAAAUUUCAGUCGAACAACUGUUAAAAGCUGUCAGUGAAGCAGACCGUUUGAGUGAAGAAUUACAACGUCCUGUGCAUGUUCUUGGAUGGUAUCAUUCUCAUCCUCACAUCACAGUUUAUCCAUCGCAUCUUGGAACAAGAGAUUUCUUUAAUUUGUUUUCAAUCUCACAAUGACAAAGUAGUAGAAAUUCCAUUGGAAAUUGUUCAUACGCCAAUAAUAUCAAAUAUAUGUUUAAAAACAAUGACAGAUUUGUUAAAACUUUUGGUACAAGAAGAAGAAGAAACAGCAGAAACGUUCGAAGAUUGCCAGGAUAUUCUUGCCAGCAUACACAAUAAUGCCGUGAGAACUCGAACGUUAGUUCAUAUAACAGAUAUAAUUACUAAGCCUUUGGUACUGACGUUUAAGAAAAGAAUAGCUUUAAAUAAAUUACGUGCUGCGUAUCUUCAAAGGCAACUACAAGAAUUACAAGAAGCGCAUAAUUGA